AUGGCAGCUCCACCAGAGAAAACCCUCAAAGAUCUGUCAGGAAAAUGGAACAAGACGAAGUCCGAUGAUCUCGAUAGACUCCUACAACUGCAAAAAGUCAGCUGGUUCAUCCGCAAUAUUAUUCGAUAUGCUACCAUCACCCUUACAAUAACCGAAUAUGUCGACUCCUCCCACAUUACCCAUAUGGACAUCUCCCAAGUCGCCAGCGGUGGCAUUCAAGGCACAACCGAAAAGCGUACACUAGACUGGACAUGGCGUGAUCACAAAGACGGCAUAUUUGGUUCUCUGAAAGGGAGAAGUCGGUGGUGUAAGCUAAGUGAUGUCGAAGACGUGGGUGAGGAUGGGGCAAAGUGGUUGAAGACUGGAUGGUUGGAUGGCGAGGAUGCGGAUUAUGUGCAGAGUUAUGUGGAGAGUUAUGAUAAUGGGUGGACUGCGAAUCAGGUUUGGGGGUUUGAGGCGGUGGAUGGGGAGAGGUACUACGUGAGGCAUGUGGUUGUGAGAAAUGGGGAAGAUUGGAAGUGCGCGAGGUUGGUUUAUGAUUUUUUGGGGUGA